ACGUUUUACAGCACUAUAGCAGGCAGAAAAACUUUGAAGUUAUUAAAUCUUGUCGGAUGAGAAAUGGAGUUCCAGAAGUCCUAUAACUUUUCAACCUUUAAUUUGGGUACUGAACGCGCUACCAAGUUUUGUAUAUGCGAGCGUAAGCGCGAAAAUGUUAUCGUCUGCAAUUGCUGCAAGCAAUCUUUUGUGGGCCGCAUUUCGCAACGUUGUCCAAAACAUCCCGAAGUGACUUUUCUUAUGGAUGCGCGUAAUUGUGCUUUCUGCGGAGCCCAUGCAAAUUACUUGCAAGAAUCCGAGACUAAAAAAUAAAAUUGGAUGCUCUAAUGCCAAACAAUGAAUUCGUUGACGAAUAUUGAAGGGUUACCCCAUUAUAGAAAUACAUAAACAUUAUGUAACUGUUCCAAUAAUUUAAUAAAGAUAAAAAUUAUAAUUUAA